ACGGUGCGGCGUCGCGGGCGGAGCCCUGCGUACUGUGCUGGCCCGCUCGCCCGCGCAGCUUCGGAGGAGACCGAUCAUGUUCGGCGGCCUGAAGGCCAGGAGCAGGUCGGAUGGCCCCGAGGUCUGGCAGAUGGGAGAGCUGGGGCGGCAAUACCCGUCACGGUGUCACCACAGCUCCUCGCGCCACAAGCUGGGCGGCAGCGUCGCGGACGACGUGAAUGCCUGGUCCGUCUAUCGGCAAAACUUGAACUCGGAGUUCACCGACUCGGCGCUCGGCAGCAGCGACAAAUCGCCGCUGCCGCAAGGCAGCAACUUUCAGCUGCGCGAGAGCGCCACCAGCGCAAUGUUGACGAAGGCACCGCGCCCACCGCACUCCCAGGUCGGCGCCAACAUGUUCACCUACCUCAAGCAUGGUCUACCGCGCGUCUUUCCACCGGCGCUGCCGGACAACAGCUCGGGCUACGACUCGAGCGAGGAGGGCUCGCCGGCAGAUCAGCAGCUGGAUGGGAAUCGGCCACGGCUGCAGGCGCACCGGGUGGGCUGCGAGCGCCGGGGUGCCGCCGGCUGGCGCCGCCUCCUCGACGAAGUCACGUUCGAGGCGCGUGGCGGCGAUCUGGUCGGAGUGCUGACCACCUCAGGUGAGAUACCGCCGGGCCGGCUGGCCGAGCGGCUGACCUACGUACAGUGUGACCGCUCGCUGGCCGGCGCCAUGUCCGUCCGACAGACGCUGCUCUUCUACGCCUUCCUGCAGGAGCCGGGCCACGUGGCCAGGUGCUUCAACAUCAAGAACAAGAUCACGGCGCUGCUGGACGACCUGGGCUUGGGUCAAGUGAAGCAUACCUGCGUGCGCGAGCUGACCGACUCGGAGCGGUGUCGCCUGAGCGUGGCGUGCCACCUCUGCCUCGAGACGGACCUCGUGCUGCUGGACCAGCCCACGCGCCACAUGGACAUAUUCGACACCUUCUUCCUGGUGGAGUACCUGCGACAGUGGGCGGCACGUGGCCGCAUCGUGCUGCUCACCCUGCAACCGCCCACCUACGAGGUGUUCAGCUUGCUGACCAGGGUGCUGCUGCUCUCCGGCCAGCGCGUCAUCUACAGCGGCAAGCGGAGCGAGAUGCUGCCCUACUUCGCAUUCAUCGACUACCCGUGCCCGGCCUACAAGAACCCGUCCGACUACUACCUGGACUUGGUGACGCUGGACGAGCUGUCGCCCGAGGCGCGGCUGGAGUCAUCGCAGCGCGUGGCCGAGCUGGCCGAGGCGUACCAGCGGCGCCAGGAGGAGGCGCCAGAGCCGCUGCUGGCGCUCGGAGUACAGGCCCUGGUGUACCAGUUCCCGCACAACGCCAUCAGGCUGGCCGUCAGGAUGAUGGUCGCAUGCACCAUGUCCGUUAUCGUCGGCACGAUUUUCAUCGGCAUCAGAGGCGAGGACCACGAUCAGGAAAACGUGCCGGACCGGGUGGGCUUCCACUACGCCAUGAUGUCGCUGGCGCUGUGGCCGACCCUGCUGCUCACUGUGUCGUCCGUCUGGCGUGACAAGGACGUGGUCACUGGUGACGUCAGCGACCGGCUCUACUCACGCGUCUGCCACACGUUCGUCGCGAUUAUGCUGGACCUGCCGGGCGCGGCGCUCGAGUGUCUGCUGCUGACCGGACCGGCGCAAAAGAUGGCCGGCACACAGCCCGCCGACACGGCCACCUCGUUCUACGUGUAUACAGGGUACAUGCUGGUGUACCUGCUGUGUGUGCGGCUACUGGCUGUGGCGGCCGGCUACGCCUGCUCGUCGCGCCACCAGUCGGCCGGCUGGCUAGGAGCCGUGCUGCUGCCGCUGCUGCUGGCCGCUGGCGGCAGCCUUCAUCCCCACGACCUGUCGCCCUGGACCCACUGGCUGCGCUGGGUGUCGGCGCCCGCCUGGAUCUUCCAGCGGCUCGUCUGGAACGAGCUGGCACACGUGCGCCGCCUCCGCUGCGACCGGAACCCGGUGAUGCCGCAGAACGGGACGAUCCUGGUGCAGGUGGAGUGUGGCCUGGCCGCCGGGCCGCAGGCGCUCCGCUUCCUGGCAGUAGAGGACGAGCGGACACCGCUGCUGCCCCUGGAAAGCUAA